GCCCCAGGCCGGGCCCCGGCGCACUAGGCUCACAAAGGCAGGCACAGACUGCAACCCUGCUCAGUGUUCCGGGCGCUUCAGGCUGGCUUGGGUCCUGCUGCUCCAACCCCAAGGGCCCUGGAGUGCGCCCUGAUACCUCCAUCACUCACCAUGGCCAGUCAGUUCUGCCUCCCUGUAUCCCCACGCCUCUCGCCCCUGAAACCCUUGAAGCCACAUUUCGGAGACAUCCAAGUGGGCAUCUACGUGGCGAUCCAGCGCAGCGACAAGCGGAUGCACCUCGCUGUGGUCACAGAGAUCAACAGAGAAAAUUCUUGGGUCACGGUAGAGUGGGUGGAGAAAGCAGUCAAAAAAGGCAAGAAGAUUGACCUGGAGACCAUACUCCUGCUGAACCCAGCUCUGGACUCUGCUGAAGACCCCAUGCCCGUAUCCCCUUUGGCUCCCGCGCCCUCUUCGGCCAUCGGGGACCAGAGUACCGCCACAAAACGGGUUGUGAUGAUCCCCCAGAAAAACAAAACAGCCUCAGGGGACAGCCUGGACGUGAGGGUCCCCAGCAAACCUUGUCUGAUGAAGCAGAAAAAGUCUCCCUGCCUCCAGGAAAUCGAGAAAGUGCAGAAGCAGCGGGAAAAGCGCAGGCGGCUGCAGCAGGAGAUCCGAGCUAGACGCGCCCUCGAUGUCAACACCACAAACCCCAACUACGAGAUCAUGCACAUGAUCGAAGAGUAUCGCAGGCACCUGGACAGCAGCAAGAUCUCAGUCCUGGAGCCCCCGCAAGAACAUCGCAUCUGCGUCUGCGUGAGGAAGCGGCCUCUCAACCAGCGAGAGACCACCUUGAAGGACCUGGAUAUCAUCACCGUCCCCUCGGACAAUGUGGUUAUGGUGCAUGAGUCCAAGCAAAAGGUGGACCUCACUCGCUACCUGGAGAACCAGACCUUCUGUUUCGACCAUGCCUUCGACGACAAAGCCUCCAACGAGUUGGUGUACCAGUUCACCGCCCAGCCACUGGUGGAGUCCAUCUUCCACAAGGGCAUGGCCACCUGCUUUGCCUACGGGCAGACGGGCAGUGGGAAGACGUACACCAUGGGUGGAGACUUUGCAGGAAGGGCCCAAGAUCGUUCUAAGGGCAUUUAUGCUCUGGUGGCACAGGACGUCUUUCUCCUGCUCAGAAACUCCAUAUAUGAGAAGCUGGACCUCAAAGUCUAUGGGACAUUUUUUGAGAUUUAUGGGGGCAAGGUGUAUGAUUUGUUGAACUGGAAGAAGAAACUGCAAGUCCUUGAGGAUGGCAAUCAGCAAAUCCAAGUGGUCGGGCUGCAGGAGCAAGAGGUGUGUUGUGUGGAGGAAGUGCUGAACCUGGUGGAAAUAGGGAAUAGCUGUCGGACUUCCAGGCAAACAUCUGUCAAUGCUCACUCAUCCAGGAGCCAUGCAGUUUUCCAGAUCAUCCUGAAGUCAGGAGGGAAACUGCAUGGCAAGUUUUCCCUGGUUGAUUUAGCUGGGAAUGAAAGGGGAGCAGAUACGACCAAGGCCAGCCGGAAAAGGCAGCUGGAAGGGGCAGAGAUUAACAAGAGUCUCCUAGCCCUCAAAGAAUGUAUUCUGGCUUUGGGUCAGAACAAGCCUCAUACCCCAUUCAGAGCCAGCAAACUCACACAGGUGCUCCGGGACUCCUUUAUAGGCCAGAACUCCUCCACUUGCAUGAUUGCUACUAUCUCUCCAGGGAUGACCUCUUGUGAAAACACCCUCAACACUUUAAGAUAUGCAAACAGAGUAAAAGAAUUAAAUGCAGAUGUAAGGCCCUACCAUCGUGGCCUCUAUCCAAAUGGACAUGAGGCAUCAAGGAUGUUGAAAAGUCACAUCGGAAAUUCAGAAAUGUCCCUUCAGAGGGAUGAAUUUAUUAAAAUACCUUGUGUACAGAGUGAGGAGCAGCAGAAAGAGAUUGAAGAUGUUGAAAGAUCUACUCUUUUAGGGAAGGAUACCACAACUUCAAGGAAGGGAUCUAGCCAAUGGCUGGAGAACAUCCAGGAGAGAACCGGUGGAGUAAACCAUGGUGUUGAUUUUUGUAUUGCCCAGUCUUUGUCCAUUUUGGAGCAGAAAAUCGGUGUUCUGACCGAGAUCCAAAAGAAAUUGAAAUUAUUACGAGCUGACCUCCACGUGAAGAGCAAGGUAGAGUGAAGCCAAUGGCGAGAGAUCAAGUCCGAAAUGCUGCACUGCUGCAGUUUCCACCACUCUUAUACAGGAAAACUGUCCAAAUUAUCUAAAUAUAAAGAUCCUCUUGAAAAAGCUUAAAACAUCUUAAAAUACACUGAUGCGAAACAUGCUCUUUCUUCUGCCUCUGU